AUGGCGUCCGAACCUCAGCAACCUUCGGCAGGCCCUCCUCGCAAGGUCGACGUCUUCACUGGGGACGUCAUCCACCACGACACAUACCCCGAGAUCAACCCAACCACGGCUUCCAACUGCACUGGGAAAGCAGUCCUAAUAACCGGGGCAAGCAAAGGGCUUGGGAAGGCAUUAGCAAUCGGCUACGCCGAGGCAGGCGCAUCACUCAUUGCCGUCGCCGCUCGCUCGAAUGUCUCAUCUACCGUCACCUCCAUUAUCGAGGCCGCAAAGGCUGCUGGGAGAGAAGAGCCAACGGUGUUAGCCCUCGAGAUGGAUGUGAGCAGCACGCCGAGUGUGAAGGCUGCCGCAGAGCGGCUUACGGCCGAGUGGGGACGCCUGGAUAUCCUGGUCAACAACGCGGGCUACAUGGCUCCCUUCAACUUGCUGCUUGAUGCCGACGACGAUGAGUACAUGAAGGCAUGGGAUGUGAACUACUGGGGCACAUAUCGCGUCACGAAGGCAUUCUUGCCGCUGUUGCUCAAGGGCGGUGACAAGACGAUUGUCAAUAUGUCUUCGGUGGCGGCUCACUUCAUGGGUGCCGGCGGAGGAGCCUAUCACAUUUCGAAAUUUGCGCUGAUAAGGUUCACCGAAUUUGUCCAGGAUGAGUACGGUGAUCAGGUAACAUCAUAA